AUGAAGAAGUCAGGUAACCACCUAGCCAGCUAGCUAGCCAAGUUCAAGCCUCAUAUCGCUAGGCAAGACUAAUGUUUCUUUUAAAAUGUAUUUUAAUUAGGAAAAUACGACCUGUCAUUAUUAUUGAUAGACAAAAUGAAAUUUUAUCUCUCUCGUUUUGCACUACAUAGGUUAUUGUUGUACCUUAUAACUUUGUUAUUCAAAGUCCAGGUUUUCUAUGGUCUUCCACAACGAAACAAGAUGUCAAAAGGCAGGAUCGAUCGAUUCCAGCGCCACCUGCGGUGAAUUUUGACCCAGUUUCUAUGCACAGGGAAUGUCUUCCAUUGUUCAACCUCUAGCUAGCCAGCUAACAUAAAGUUAACCAUCUCAAUGUUUCUCAUCAGACAUUCUUGUAUUCUGCGGAGAAACGACCAGCUCUGGUUCGAAGUCACUGCGACAAUCAAAUGGCCUUGUACAUGGGGUGAAACUUUUUGCUAUUACUAGGCUAGCUAGCAACUUCUUCCAAUCUUGUUUAGCACAGUGGUUUUCUUGAAAAUGUUCUCGCCUCAUUUCUCAUUCCAAUAACAGGAAGUGGAUCCUCAUUACAAUGACAUUAUUUGAGGAAUCAGCCAUUCCACUCCAAUAUAAAGGGGCUGAUGUGAGUCUCUGUACAAAUUCCCCUCAACCCACCAAUGUGUAAUUUAUCUCUAUAAUUUGUUCACGUCGUGAAUAUAUAGCAAGAUUGUGCUCCCACUUUCCAAUACACUAUCUUUAGCUACCUCCAACAAAUUAAAUGUAAGAUACCACAUUAUUUGAAGAAUAAUGCCAAGUGCGAUUGAUAUGACAUAGAUAACUUGUAUAUUUACUCCAGAUGCCUAUUACUGAUGUCAUGCGUUACUAAUGUUUAUUGAAGUUCAUAACCAUUUCUCAUAUUUGUAGAAGCUUCAGGGGUCAGUGAGUUCUGCAGUUUUUGUGUUGGACAACCUUGCAAUUGUGAUCGACGGAAAGUUGUACUUAUACUCUCUAACUAAAGGGACAUGGACUCCUGCUCAAGGUUUGGAGCAUAUAACCAUGUCCAUGCACCUAAAAUAUCAAGUUUUAGUAGAAAAUAAUGUGCAAUGGUUUCCUAAUGUCCUCCUAUCAUUUACUUUCUGCUCAUUAAAACCAUUGUCCUGCAGUGAUCAUCACAGACCUCUUGUUUCAGGAGUGAAAUCCACAGUGUCUACUGUAUCUGCACUACAGUGCUGCUUCAGCAAAGACAAGGCCUGCAUGGUAAACUCCUCAGCUAAAUCUUUGCUCUCAUCAAACACGUGUGUCACUGUAGUAUGUUCAACAUUUGUUUUAGACUGCUGUGAAUGGCUGUGUGAUGUGAUGUGAUAUUUUUUAUGUGUUGUGUCUUAUUAUUUUUUUGUCAACAGGAUGUGAGCUCUUUUGUUCUUCUGUACAAUCUGGGGAGUGCUCUUGAGGACCAACAGGUCUACAUGUCCUCGAAUGGAGGCAGCUCCUUUUUUAACCUCCCUAUGGCCCCCAAGGCAACGGUGAGCUUGGAUACUCUGUCAGUCAGUGUCAUCUCAAAGUUAUUUUACAUUUAUUUGAAGUUAACCGUAGCAAUCAAACUUAUGCAAAAUCAUUCAAGUUCAUAGUCCUCAGGUCUAAGCAUAAAAAAGUCAGCAGCACCCCAAAAGCCAACUCUCACUCUCAUUUCACAGGAAUUUAUAAUAGGGGUAUUCAACAUGCCCACUGUGUCAAGCAUUGUGGCUAUGUUAGCAGACAACCAAAGAAAGGUGAGAGAUUGACCACGGCCCUUUCUGAAGUCACCAAAUAAUCACAGACAUGAUCAGUGUACCAGCUGUAAAAUGUGUGGUAGUUUUCUUUCCGGCAUAUUUCCGAAAGUCGUUCGCUGCAGACAGACGAUCACCCCAUGCGAGACCCGCUGUCCAGCAUCCACGUGAUCCAGCCAGCAGGCAUGAGAGGCCACCUUAUCAUCUGGUCUCCACACAUGCUGCUCUACUCACCCAACCAUGGUACUACACAAUCACCAUCUAAAGGGUCCCCAUGCAUGAGGCUGCUCAGCUGGAUGCUGGAUUCUUCUUGUGAUAUUAGUCCAUUUAAAGAAUACCAGUGGGUGACCAAAGAAUAUCCUUUCGGCUCACUGUUCUGACAUAUCUUAAUGCCGAUUUUGGUUUUCAGGCGUUGUGAUUGUGCCAGUGUACAUUAUGGGAGAAGAGAAUGCCACCCUCCCGCCUCCUAAAGUCACCAUUUUACAGGUGGAAACAGGUAAUCUCUACUUGACAACUCUGUGUGUGAGUGUGUGUGCUCACUUGUUCAUGUGUCAUAAAUUAGACUAAAACAAUGUCACGACUAAAUCACACAGAUGUGUGUGUGUGUGUUAUGUAAAUUAUACUAAACCAACAUGGUACCACUGAAUCCUCCCUCUUGUGUGUGGUUAGAUGACAACGGUGCAAUGGCUGUUCUCACCAGCAACGGGGUACUGUAUUAUGGCAGGGCUGGACUGGAGGCAACUACAGUAAGGGUAAGUAUUCAGGAUGUACAUACGUACUGUACAUACAGUAUGUGAUUAACAUGUCAUGUUCAUAUUAAAGGUGCUAGGUGUACUGCAACAACUAGACUGCUUUCCAAACAACUCCCCCUCCCCCUCCCCCGCAUCCCAUUUCUCUGUAACAUGGCUAUUUUACUUUCAGUUUUGUCCACAUUGAAAAUAUAUUUAGCAGCUAUUUUGAUGGUACAAUGAUUCCCUACACUAUUCGGUUGUCAAAUAGAAAGUCUGCAUUUUAGAAUGCGAUGUUGUAUUGGCCCAAAAUAAAAAUUAAUGUGAAAUUGUGAAACACUAUAAUUCCACUAUUACUGCAGAUAUGUUAUAGACCUUUUCUGAAAUUACAAUUCAAAAAUUCUACAUGUAGCUUUUUUCAGAUAAGAUGUACAUUGUCCAUUAACUUGCAGAGAAUGUAAAUGUUCUUUAUGCUUACAACCCAACCCCCAAAGACACAUUGAAACAAUGGGUCAGCCGCUGUGCAGCCCCCCGGAGCAAUUAUAGCAGGUUAAGUGCCUUGCUCAAGGGCACAACAGCAGGCGAUGGUAUCUAGGUGACCCUAGCAACCCUCCGGUUGCACAGCGGCUGACCCAUUGUUUCAAUGCUAACUCCGCACCAGAUUUUACCUAGCUGGGAUUCAAACUGGCAUUUCUCCAGUUGCUGGCCCGCUUCUCUAACUGCUAGGCUAUCUGCCACCCCCACAGGCUACCUGCCACCCUCACAAUGUUGUGGAACUGCUUUCAUAUAGUGUAACUCAAUUGCAACUGCUUCAACUGCAAGUUCUGAAAUCCCUUAAGUGGUAGUGAGAUAUUCUGAGUCCUGACCAGUGUUGUCAUACAUACUGUAUACACUGUAGGCCUGUAUAUUUUACACAUGUAUUAUAGGGUGUCCAAUCCAAAACGCAUCUUUUGAUCAAUGGGUAAAAUAAUGCUAAAUAUGCUGAUUGUGUAGAUACUCCUCUGAGAAAACCAAUGCUCCAAACCUCAUGUCUCUAUCAUAAUCCGUUUAAAAGUUAUUGGAAUUUUUAGCCUUGUAGGAUGGCCAAAAUUAAGAUGACUAAAUCAAUGGAGGCCAGAGAAAAAAAGUGGCCAGAAAUCAGGAAAAUAGCAUUUAGUCAGCUAGACUGGAUGCUGUGCUAGAAUUACGGAUAAAUGAGAGGCUCACAGUUUAACUCGUCAUCUUUCUUCUGGAAUCCGGAGGACAUAAAACAAUAUAGAGGAAAGAUGGAUAUCGAUUUUGAGACAUGACGUGUAGUAUUGUCAUAUUUUAAUAUACGCUUUUCAUAUUAAUGUGAAAUGUCUGUAAUUUUUUCGAUUAAAUCUCACAAAAACAAGCGUAUCUCUGUGAAAUGUCAACGGAGCACUGAGCGUACCGCAAUAUUUUUUAUUUUCAAAGCCUUUUACAUUUAAUUCAGCUUGUGUCAUGCUAAUUUAGAUUUUUGCGACCCGCGGAAACAACUUUGCAGACGACCACCGCAACAUGUAAAAUCCUCAAAAGUUCCUGUGAGAAAGCGGCAUCGCUCUGUAAACAGAGCUCAGUGCUUAUUAUCAGAUGUAUUAGGUUACGAAAUCCGACUUUUUGGAUAUAAUGUUAAUGAUAUGUUAGAGAAAGACCCCACUGAAAGACCCCACUGACCCCACUGUUCACCCACUCUGGGCAGAGUGGGUGAACACCUUAUGUAUUAUUAUACAAAAUGACGUCUAUGGUCCUGACUGGAUAGAUAAAUCCACUGUCAGUAACAGAGAGCUGUCCUGUAUUAUAAUGUAUUGUACUGUCCUGUGUCUGCCUGCCUGUUUCAGUUUGCGUCUGUCAUUGACAUGUCCAAGGACAACCUGAUGCUGUUCAGUGACUAUGGGGACCUGAUGCUGAUCGAAGCCCGGGAGGACCUGCUGCUCACAGGGGUGGACUUUAACCAUAAGGUUAUCAUUGUCCAGCAGGAGCUAACACGUACCACACCACCCGUUCAGUCCUGCCCAGUGAGUGAAGAUAAACUACAUGACAAAUGACGCAUCACAUUCUCUAUGUAGAGAGACAAAACAAAUGUAAAAGCAGCAAAUUACAUCCUAUUCCCCAACAUACAGUACCAGACAUUUUCUGCCAUAGAAACCCCUGGGUGGGCUGCCUAAGCGUUUUUUCGGGAGGCCUAAGUCCAAACUGAAAAAUAAGUAAAACAUUUAUUGAAAUACAUUUUCGGGGUGGAAAAACGCUUUCAGUGUAAAUUUAAACAAAUAAAACCAAAUAUAAAGUAUGUAGAUAAGAUAAUGGACCUAUAUAUUUUUAAAUAAUAUAAUCUUUGAGAACUAACAAUCACCAAAAUAAAAGCUAAACAGUCAGAGGAAUUGAGAAUUCCAAAAACAAUUAAUUUAACAGUAUUGAUUUUGUUAUUAAGUUUGAGCAAAAGAACACAGCAUUAGCCAUGUGAAAAUGCAUAGAAUUGCAGGAAAUUAUCUUUAAAACUGCAACAUUUUCUCUCGGCUCCAUGGCAAAAGGUGUACAAUUGCAGGAAAUUAACUUUAAAACUGAAAAAAUGUAUCACAGAUCCAUGGAGAAAUUCUGAGAAUUGCAGGAAAUUAGCAAAAAAAAUGCAACAAUUGUAAUAAGAAAACCCCACCAAAAAUGUGGAUCUGUAACAUUUUCUCCACGCCCUUUGCCAAAAUGUGCUUUAAAAACGAAAAAAAUAAUCUCAGCUCCAUGGAUAAACAUUGGCUUUGGAAAUUGGCUUAAAUUCAGCACCUGAUGGGCCGACUGCGCCCAUAGCCACGCCCCCUGCCACGCCCACAAACUAAACCCCUUUUUGAUCCAGAAAAAAACACGAGUACAUAGAGAAUAAGGUGUCGUCUGAGACGUAGCCAUGUUUCUCUUCCCACUCCAGGUGGAGCAGUUCCACAGCACGUUUGCAGGGGAGCUCUUCUACAUCGACAUGGGCAGCACCGUCCACCUGUCUGCUGUCUACAUCCCCUCACCUCUUUGCAAAUUCUUCCCCCUGGUAAGAAGUUCAUAAACUUCACCGUAGCCUUCACAGUAGCCUGGUCCCAGAUCUGUGCUACUGUUGUCAUGCAAAUACAAUGAAUGAAUCUGAACUGUGUCCUUGUUCUCCUCCUCUUGUGUGUGACCAGGUGACAGUUACAGAGUCUAAGCUUCUGUCCGUAGAUGAGAAGUGUGUGGAGGAUGGCAUUACUACAGAGGGCACCAAGAAAUACCGCCUGGUACAACUGAAUCCCUAGACCAGGGGUGUCACACUCAUUUUGCCCUGGGGGCCGCAUUCUGUCUUCAAUGAGGUCCGGAGGGCCGCACUGAAAAUGUGUUAUAUUUCCUCGCCAUCAAAAUGAGCAAAAGAUAGUCCUCUAUCCAUUGUUUUUGGAAUUUUCUAUGCUCCUUGACUGUCUAGCUUUAAUUUAGGUGCUGGACACAGUCACGAAAAUGUAUGAAUCUAGGUCCAUUAUCAUUUCGACACAGUUUAGAUGGGGGGGUUCGGUCUCUUAACAUGCUGUAUUUUGAAUGGCAGGACAUUGAACUGAAGCAGUUGUCAUUUAUGGAGGCGGCAGACGGAACCCUCAAGCCGAGGUAAGAAUGCAUUCUCAACUUUUCAAAGAUGGCAAAUUGGCAAUAGGAGUUUUAGCUGGUAGAAGGACAGUGGUCUCUCCAGCAGAGGGUGCUGUAUGUUCUUGUUGCUGAUGUGUUGUGUUUUCUCUGGGUCAGUUCCAGUCUACGUAAAGGCAGUCUCUCCACAGUCGCAGUAGACCUGAUGGGAAGGAACGUGUCCUGCAAAGACUUCAACCCCCUGGUCAGAAACACAGCCCUCUAACAGUCACGACAAUGUGUAUGAGUUAACAUCGAAAGGACAUGUUAGUUUGUCCUCACAGUGUACAGAAAAGUCUAUGGCCCUCCAGUGUGGAAUUUCGUACAUACUAAUAUCUUAACAUUGUUUGUUGUUCUUUUUCCCGUUUUAGAAAGCUCACAUUCUUGUUGGAUGCCCUCCUGGAAAGCAUACCCGUAUUCUUAAGUGAGGGAUAAAUCUUCAUGCCGUAUUCCCUAUUUUCAAAACAUUGAAAACAUUUCUGAACUAUUCUACUGUAACAUCUGAGUGUCCAAACUCAUUUGUUCUUUCUGUCAUUGUUGUUUUUGCCACAGGGACAUAACCACUUGCACUAAAGGCACAUUCACUCAAGAGCAGCUUCAGGACAACUUCUCUUACGUCAUCCCCAAGUAGGUUGUGCGAACGGGGCUGUGACACACAGAGCACUGAUGGAUCUAGAUUCUAGACUAUCAUGGUUGAUAGAAAUGUUUAAUCAACAUAUGAUCUGUUCUAUAAAAAGAUGCUUGUAAUGCCAAAGUAGAGUAUUUAACUUUUUCAUUCGUGGAACAUUAAAGGUAGAUUCAGCUAAAUGACGUUGCCACGAGCAGCAGCGCAGAUAUUGCGAUGAGCGAGAUAGAUGCAAGUCUUCGCUCCCACACAGUCACACACAGUAUCUGCGCAUGUGCAUGCGUUCGUGUCACGCUGUUAGAGCGUAGUAGGUAUGGGACCAAAACAGUGGGGGAGUUUAGCCUUGCGCUUCAACGCUCUUGUUGUGGUGGAAAUUGACCCACUAUGCUGUUUACUUUGUGCACCUACGUCAUAUCGCUGAGUCUACCUUUAAGCCUUGCGCAAAAUAAGGUAUCACAGCGUUGUAAGAAGGGUAUUAUUAUAUAUUAUAUAUAUUUGUGUCAUGUCAGUUAUAACGACUAGUAUUCCUCUCAUUAUCCUCUUCCUCCUUCACCUCUACCUCCUCCUCCUCCUCCUCCUCCUCCCAGAGCUGUGUAUGACCCUCAGCACCUGUUCCGGCCUGGCUCUGCCUCCAGUGACCUGCACAUCUCCUACAGCAUCACAGACUACUUCUGCCCCCUACUGGUCUAUCACGACACCCCCUGGAUACCCUCCCUGGAGCUGUGAGUAAACCUCAAACCCCUCAAAAUACACACAUGGGCAACCCCUUAACAGCUGUUACUGUAGAACGUUCAGUGUAAGAAACCUGUCAUCUCUGUGAAGUGGAGUUCAGACCUUUGAUAGAACUAGUUGACACACACACAAAGACCAUAGAACAUCAUGGCACUCCAUCACAGAGUAACAAUGCCAGUGCCAACCCACCACACAGCCUUUUCUAGAGCAGGUGAACAUGGCAUGUACCUCCAAACCAGCCCUGUCCCUUUGCAGCUGGAACGGUAAUGAGUUUGUGGAGCAGGUGAGCGCUGACUUCGUGAUGUUCGAAGUUAACGGCAUGUAUAACUACCAGUACCUCCAGUCGGUCCAGGAUGCCAAGUGCGUCUCCCAGCCCCAGAACUGGACCUCUCUGCUGAGCCAGCAGCAAUAUGAACCUAACCCCAACACCGCCUGGACCAGGAGUGUAUGUACACAUUCUAUAACAAUUCAAUUUAAUUCAUACUUAAUCACCAGUCAAUAAUGGUUGAUAGGAAUUUGUUCACACAGCACUGUAGACUAGAGGCUCCUUGCACUGUAACCAUAAUCAUAUAGCCUGUAUCCUGAGGGAUGAUCUUAUCUAGCUCUAUUUACCACAUUUUAAUUGAAUAUUCAUCCAACAUAUUCAUCAACUUAUCAAAUGCCGAUACAUUGUCCUCGUCCUCUCAUUAAGAUGGCUUACAUUCAUCCCUCUGCUUGCUUUGUACCUGGCUACCGAGCAUCAUUUCUCUGGGGUUUAUCUUUCUCCUCUUCCUGGUUAAGAAUUAUAAGAGCUGCAAGGAUUCUGAUGGCCCGCCCAUCACUGACCCAGAAGCCCAGUAUCAGGUCCUCAACAUGGGCACAAGAAACAGAAUCUUGUUUCCCAACUACAACGGGAUGUACGUGUUCAAAGUCAUAGUGGUGGAUCCUAGCUACAGGUCAGUGUGGACCAGGAGGGUAAACAACCUCUUUCAGGAGGGCAUUUAGUUACUAGGCUGCAUAGCACAUCAACUGAAGGUUGAAUACAGUAGUUGAAUACUUUCAUACCAAGUGGAGUAUAAUUUUGGAAAAGACCCAUAAUACAUAGCCAGUAUACUAUUUGUAUGCCAUACAUCAGGGUUCUUCAAUUCCGGUCCUGGAGGGCCGAAACACUUCUGUUUUUUAUUUCUACCUGGUAGUUAAUUGCACCCUCCUGGUGUCCCAGGUCUGAAUUAGCCCCGGAUUAGAAGGAGAGGAUGAAAAACAGAGGUGUUUCGGCCCUCCAGGACCGGAAUUGAAGAACCCUGCCAUACAUAUUCUAUAGUACACAUUAAAACUGGAUUGUCAUUGAUCUUGUAAUAUUUAUGAUGAUAUUGACUGUCUCUGUGUUUCUGCAGCUACUGCAUGCUGACCACUACGUUCAGUGUGUAUGUGUAUGGGGCGUUCCCUCCUCACCCUCUGCCCUCUGGUCUUGCACUGGGCAUCUUCCUGGCCAUCUUUGUGGUCCUGCUGCUCAUCGGCUUUUUCUUUAGCAAGCGCAAUUACAAAAAAUAG